GCAAGAAUUUUCGUAAAUAUAGAUAGACGGAGGACUACUACGUAUAUUCCCGAAGUUGACAACUUGACAUAGAUCGAUUUCAAAUUGCUCUAUCCCAAAUAACUAUGGCUCUCCGGUUAGGCGUAGGUACCCUUCUCUUUGGCCUCCUACUUGUUCUUAGCAGUACAGGGAUAAACAGUCAUAGUAGCCGUAAAACAUCACCCCAAAAGAAGUCACGUAAUGAUACUUCCUUCAGCCGCAGCAAUUUUCCGGCAGGUUUCGUAUUCGGAACAGCUUCCGCAGCUUACCAGUUCGAGGGGGCUGCAAAGGAAGGUGGUAGAGGACCAUGUGUAUGGGACGCCUUUGCUCACAAGUAUCCAGAGAAGAUAAAGGACCACAGCAGUGGAGAUGUGGCUACUGAUCAAUAUCAUCGGUACAAGGAAGAUGUGAAGAUGCUUAAGGAUAUGGGUUGGGAUGCUUACAGAUUCUCAAUCUCAUGGUCUAGGUUGUUACCAAAGGGAAAGCUAAGUGGGGGUGUGAACCAAGAAGGGAUCACAUAUUAUAAGAAUCUCCUCAACGAGCUUGUAGCCAAUGGUCUAAAGCCCUUCGUCACACUCUUCCAUUGGGAUACGCCACAAGCUUUAGAAGAGGAAUUCGGUGGUUUCCUAAGCCCUCAAAUUGUGAAUCGUUUCCAAGACUUUGCAGAGCUCUGCUACAAAGAGUUUGGUGAUAAAGUCAAGCACUGGACUACACUAAAUGAGCCACUUACCUACAGCGUCAGUGGUUAUGCGACCGGGGCAAUGGCACCAGGCAGAUGCUCUGCUUGGCAAAACCCUAAAUGUACCGGUGGCGAUUCAGGGACAGAGCCAUAUUUGGUGACACAUCACCUACUUCUAGCUCACGCCGCCGCUGUGAAGGUGUACAAAGAGAAAUUUCAGGGAAAACAGAAGGGUUUGAUAGGGAUAGUGCUAAACACAGGAUGGUUUGUGCCAUAUUCUGACUCAAAGCGUGACCAAGAUGCUGCACAACGAGCAAUAGAUUUCAGCUUAGGAUGGCAUAUGGAUCCCGUAGCGCAUGGUGAUUAUCCACAAAUCAUGCGAUCUCUUGUCGGAAAUCGGUUACCCAAGUUCACUAAAGAGCAAUCACAUAUGCUAAUAGGAUCAUUUGAUUUCAUUGGAAUGAACUACUACUCCGGUGGUUAUUCAGCGGAUUUACCUAAUAAACCUGAUCCUAAGCAACCGAGCUACACUUCAGACUCCCUCGUUAAUUCUACAUCCGACCGGAAUGGUAUCCCUAUUGGUCCAGUGGCUGCUUCAUCGUGGCUCCUUGUCUAUCCUCAAGGAUUUCUAGAUUUAAUGCUCUACAUGAAGAAAAAGUACAAUAAUCCAACUAUGUAUAUUACUGAAAACGGAGUGGAUGAGGUGAAUGAUCCAACAUGGUCGCUUGAGAAAGCUCUUGACGAUAGUAAAAGAAUCGAAUAUUACGAUCAACAUCUUCAGAAACUUCAGGCAGCAAUUAAGGCUGGUGUUAAGGUGAAGGGAUACUUUGCAUGGUCAUUCCUUGAUAAUUUUGAGUGGGCUGAUGGUUAUACUGUUAGAUUCGGCCUCGUCUAUGUGGAUUUCAAAAAUGGGCUCAAAAGGCACCCUAAAAAGUCAGCAAAUUGGUUCAAGAAUUUUCUUCAGAAAUCUACAAAAUCAGGAAAGUAA